CACGUUUUUUAUAGUAAACAAUCUCAUAGGUUGUUUUAGAAUGAAUCUGAUUGGUCAAAAUACUGAAAUCGGAUAUUUUGUGUUCAUUUGAGAAACAAGUAUGCUAACUUCAUAAAUGCAUUUUAAAGAUAAAAACAACUACCAGGCGAGACUACAAAUAUCCAGGCGAGACUAACAUGCGAAUAUAUAAUCAUUACCUUUUUCUAUGCACAACUGUUAAUGCUGUAAGUAAAUUAUAAAUACCUUAUCUUGUUGUUUUGCUGACUGUAGAUUGUAGCAGCACUGUUAUUUCACUGUAGAUCUGAUGGUGUUGGCUCUCAAUCUGGAAAUGAAAAGUUUGGUAUGAGUACCUAAGUAUUUAAACCAAUCAAGAAACUUAAAUUUAGUUCAUUCUGAUUGGUUAGUAGUACAGGCUGAUUUCAUUUUAACAUUGAAAAAAUAUUUAAAUACGCUAUUUAUUAUACACUUGAAUCAGUUUCAUCACAGACGCGUCGCAGUGUAAAGAUGGAUAGAAUUAACUGUCUGGAGUGUGGUGUAACAUUUUGUAGUAGAUUCAACAUGAUGCGGCAUAAAAGAAACAAACAUCUAAAUGAAGAUGAGCACUUCAGAAUUUCAACUCACAUGCCUAAUUUCGCAACGGGAGCGCAUUUGGGAGCUCCCUUACAGGGAGCUCCGCAAGGAGCGCCGGGAGCGCAUUUGGGAACGCCUUUGGGAGCGCAUUUGGGAGCUCCCUUACAGGGAGCUCCGCAAGGAGCGCCGGGAGCGCAUUUGGGAGCGCCGAGAGCUCCCUUACAGGGAGCUCCGCAAGGAGCUCCAGAAGACGUGUCACAGGGAGCGUCGAGAGGAGCUCCGCAAGGAGCGCUUCAGGGAGGACCGCAGGAAAUCAAACCAACUAUUCUACAGCAUCCUUUUACCAUGAUGAUUUCUGGUCCCACAGCAUGUGGAAAGACAACAUUUGUAAAGGAAUUGCUGCAAAAUCAUAUCUACAGAAUUAAGCCUGGUGUACAAAGAAUAGUGUGGCUGUACAAGAGAUGGCAACCAAUGUAUGGGGAAAUACAAAGCACAGUUUACCCAGAGGUACCAAGGCAUUCCAUCCGACAUAAACGAAGACGAAUAUUUUGA